AGAGGAGAGCAGCCUCCCACUCCCCGUUAUUGGUAACAACAAAGGGGGCGGCCAGCAGGCAGCGUGACUCACUAGAAUAGCGGUUCAGUUCAGACACACACACCAACCAACCUACAUAAUCUGAAGAGGUAGAAUUAAUUGUUCUAAACUAAAAAGAGACGGGAUAACGAGGAAGCUCCAGUUCAAUUACGUCAAAGAGAUUAGACUAUUCUGAUAACCUGCAGGUAGGCUGCUACCUGUGAUUGGUGGUAGGGCUACUGUAGGAGACCUUUUGCAUUGGCGGCGCAGUGGGUUGUACGGAUUGGCUGAGCGAUGCAAGGUAGAAUUGGACGACACUCAGGAAGAAACUCUGAUAUCAGUCCGACUUCAGUCGGCACUAGACGGGGGGACCGUAUUUCCUCACUGAGUAUUCACAAGGAGGUGAAAAACGGUGUCUCUAAUCUAAUCACUUCGGUCUUCCCUGGCGGCGACAUGGCGAGGGAGAACGGAGAGUCGGGCGGGGAUGGAUCUUGGAAGAAGAAUGUCGACGAUAUCAAGCAUGUAUUCGAGUUCAAAGAAGUCCUUGGAACUGGUGCGUUCUCUGAGGUGAUCAUGGCCAGGGAGAAGGCCACAGGGAAGAUGGUUGCAGUGAAGUGCAUCCCUAAGAAAGCACUGAAGGGAAAAGAAACCAGCAUUGAGAAUGAAAUCGCCGUGCUUAGGAAGAUAAAACAUGAGAACAUUGUGGCUUUGGAGGACAUCUAUGAGAGCUCCAACCACCUAUACCUCAUCAUGCAGUUGGUGUCUGGUGGUGAGUUGUUUGACCGCAUCGUAGAGAAAGGUUUCUACACAGAGAUGGACGCCAGCAGACUCAUUAAACAGGUGCUUGACGCUGUCAACUACCUCCACGACAUGGGCAUCGUACACAGAGACCUCAAGCCAGAGAACCUGCUUUACUACAACCCCCAUGACGAGGCCAAGAUCAUGAUCAGUGACUUUGGUCUGUCUAAGAUGGAGGGGACAGGAGACGUGAUGGCCACUGCCUGUGGGACGCCAGGAUAUGUGGCCCCAGAGGUUCUGGCUCAGAAGCCCUACAGCAAAGCAGUGGACUGCUGGUCUAUCGGAGUCAUCGCCUACAUUCUGUUGUGUGGUUACCCUCCAUUCUAUGAUGAGAAUGACUCUAAGUUGUUUGAGCAGAUACUCAAGGCAGACUAUGAGUUUGAUGCACCCUAUUGGGAUGAUAUAUCGGAUUCAGCCAAAGAGUUCAUCAGCUCUCUGAUGGAGAAGAAUCCACAGAAGAGAUUAACCUGUGACCAGGCUCUAGCCCACCCCUGGAUUGCUGGGGACACUGCUCUCUGCAAGAACAUCCAUGAAUCAGUCAGUCGGCAGAUGAGGAAAAAUUUUGCCAAAAGCAAAUGGAGGCAAGCGUUUAACGCCACGGCAGUGAUUCGUCAUAUGAGGCGCUUGCAGCUGGGAAGUAGUCUGAACAGCAGCUUUGGCAGCAGUAUGAGCUUUGACCAACAGGGACCGAACUCUAUGCUGGCCAAGAGCAUGUCUGUAGACUGUGCCACCCUCUCACGCAAAGAUGGUCCUCCACAACCUCUGCCCACUCUGCCUCUCUCCACUGCAGCCUGCAGUGCCCCUACCAGCAUCAGAGGGGAACCACAGGCAGAACUACAGGUUGUGGCUACAGCUGCAGCGGUGGAGCCACCCCGGCCACGCCCCUCCACAGUCACCACCAUCCACAUGGGGACUAAAUGACGUCAGGUUCCGCGGGAGGUCAGUUGGGAGACCACAGAGCUUUGAGUUGGUAUUCUAAUUCAGCCCCUCAGAAUUCCAGAAUUUCUCUCCUAGUCUGCCCAUCCUGCCCAUUAUCAGCUGUUGGGAUUGAGGACUUGAGGACCCCUUCUAUUUACCUUCAGAGAUGUGAGGACUUGAGGACCCCUUCUAUUUACAUUCAGAGAUGUGAAAUAAAAUGAAGAGAGCUCACAGGAUUCCCUAUUCUAUCAAACAGACAAUCAUAUCUGUUCUACAUGAUACAUGCCUAUUUGAACAUUCUACUUCCUAACGGACCACAGGUCUGGUGGUGAAGAGAUGAGGAAGACCACUGUCUCUCUCUCUGUCCAGAGGGUUUAGUUUCCCAGUGUUUAAAUUGGGUUGGUGCACUCGGUACGGAGUAAUUGCAACACAAAAUGUUCACCUCUUAUAGAAAGUUCACUCUAAAAUAUGAACACGGACAUUGAAAAUAUUGUACUGUAAAAUAAAAAUGAGCCUGGCUCCUGAAAUGAAUACACUGCCGUGUUGUAAGACUGUCCUCCAGAAGACAAGAAGACCUGUUUUGUAUGGGACAUUGGUGGUGUUAUGAGGCCACACUAUGCUAGGUUGAAGAUGGAGAAGGUUAAGACAACGUAAUAAUUCCGUGCAGAUGCGUUCGAAUAUAAACAAAUUCAUUGGACCAGCGCUGGAGCGAAAAUGACUGGAAGUGAAUGUUAGCAGUACAGAAAGUUUGCCAUCAAAGUGGAAAAUAAACACAAUCGUAGAGAAUUUCUGUUAACUACUCAGCCAAAUAACUUACCUGUUUUACUGUCAUUCUAUUCGUGUAAACGUUUUUUUUUUUUUCAAAUGAGCUACAGACACUUUACUACUUGAUUUCCCAACCGCUGGUCACGUUUUCAAUGCUUAUCUCCUGUAAAAUCAGAAACAGCGCUGGUCCGAUGAAUGUGUUUCUUUUCAAAUGCUGCCGCAUGGAAUUAUUACGUUUUCUUCUCCUUAUGGGAACUCACCAUGUUUUUAUUAGUCUUUGUUAUUGAGACUGCUGUAAUUCUGAGACUGUGAGUGUCAGGGGCAUCACGCCCUCUAUGCCUUGUGUUCAAAAUUGCACCCUGAAACCAUUGUGAGGAGUUACUUUUAUGAAACUGAAACAGCAUUCAAGGCUAAAAUAGUGAUGACUUCUUAUCCUAAUUUCUAGUUUUCAUUUUCAGCUGCAGUUAAGGUUGAGUAAAAUCACUGGGUCAUUAUUCCCAACUGUAGGGCAUAGCGGUUAUAUAUAUAUAUUUUUGCUUUAUGUUUUCUGGAUAUAUAAUGUCAGAGAAACACAUCUAUCUGCAGAAUCAUACACACACCUGUGAAUGAAGUGCUUUACUAGUGUGAGACAACUGGCAAGAGCAGUUUUGACUGCCGGUUGUGACGGUAAUGCCGGUUGUGACAGUUAUGCAUUCAUCGUACACUUUUCCUGAUUGAAAGGUAUUGAAUUAUUUAUUUUCUUAUUCUGACUCUUGUAAGAACUUUACUUACAGGGGGAAAAAUUGUAAAUGUGUCACAAGACUUUUACGUUGUAAUGUAUAAACGGUCAAAUAUGUUGUCAGUAGUAGGUUCAAAUGUAUAGUUGUUACUUAUGAAUAAUUGCGAUGUAACUGUGAUGCCAUCAUUAGCAUAAGGAUAGCAUAGCUUUGUGACCUGUUCUCAGGGAGAUACUUUGACAAUUUGAUGAAAUGAAAUCCCAGUUAUGAUGCUGAGGUUGACGUUUAUGAUGAUGAUGCAUGUAUUGACUAAAGCAAGCUUUGCAUAUUCUUACGUGUCCCGUCAGGACAGUUCAGCUCAUAAUUAAAACAAUUUGGUGGGGAUGAACCUUACGUGGAAUGGACAGUUUGAUAUAUCCCAUUUUGGGGGCAUAUAAUUUUUUUUUUAAUAAUAAUUGGGAUGAGACUGAAAUGAUGCGUACUAUAACAAUGACCACUGCAAUAGAGUUCAAUUUAAACACAUAUGACAAACUAAGAAAUAAAGAUUGAAGUCAUUUGAUAAUCAGUGCUCCAUUGCAGAAUAAUUUUGUAGGAGCCUGUGUAGUAUAGCCAACUUUAGUUACCUGUGCUGCUUUGCCUCUUCCCCCCCAGGCGCUGGCUGUUCCCAGAAGUGCUCACACACUGUUUGGUCAGUGUACUUUCAUACCCGUCCUUUGAAUUUAGCAGCCAGUUGCUGUCUCUCUCACUGUCCUCACUCUCUGUCUUCACUCCUCUCUCCCAAAACGAACGGUCUUCACGCUGCAAGGAGGAGGGAAAUCUGUCUAGCAAGCGUUUUUACCUGUGAUACCACUGCUUAAUAUUUCACUGUUCGACAUGGGUUGACAUUCACUUCCAGGGUUGAUUUCAUUUCAUUCAGUUUACUUUCUGAAUUGACUUUAUUUCAAAUGGUUUUGACCCCUAACCCUGGAUGCAACUUAAAAGCUUGAAAUUAGUAUGUUUUGAUGUUGAGCACAAUUGUAGAUCUCAAUGUGCAAUGUUGAUGUAAAAGGACUUGAAAAACUACUUCUCAGGGGCAGUAAACUAUGAGUAUAGAUAUAUGUUCAUGAAGAUGUAGAUCCUCUUGUCCUUUUGUAGAUAUACAUCUCAGUAACCAUAUUUGCUUGGAUUGCAGUGUUUAUUGAUUUUCUACGUUACAAAUACUGUAUGUUCUCUUCAAAAACAGCAUGAUACAAAGCACGAAAUAUAAAGCUUUUACAAAGCAUGCAUGAAAAGCACUUUGUUUGAGAGAUACUGUGUAUAUAGGUUGUGAUAAAUUGGACUACAAGAUGACUAACUAUUGAAUAAAAUCUAAUAAAAAGUAAGAAUAUA